AAAACAACUGGGGCGCGCUAUUGGAGUGGGUUGUUUUCGCCUUUGGUAACCCCGUUGUAUAUUUGGUACGACUUUCACUCCGACUUGGUAUACAAGGUUUUGUGGUUGAAAAAAAAACUUUCAAGCCUCAGCAAGUUACUGUUUUCAACUGGCUUAUUUCAGUGGUUAAUUACCCAAUGGUCUUAGCUCAGCGUCAAAAGGAGGAGCUAAAUAGAGCUAUCGCAGAUUAUUUAUACGCGAAUGGAUACAUCAAAGCAUUGGAUGCUUUUAGAGAGGAGUCACAACUGGCAGGGGAAAACGAUAAGAAAUACGACGGUCUACUGGAAAAGAAGUGGACAUCUGUCAUCAGAUUGCAGAAAAAGGUGAUGGAUCUGGAAGCUAAGCUCAAUGACGCUGAAAAGGAGUUUCAGUUGAUGCAAAGUGCUGUUGGAUAUGGUAUAGCAAGCCCUGCACCAGGAAGUGGGAUUUUAGAUAGGGGGGAUCGGCGUGAUGUCGAUGCUAUUCCUAGGCCUCCUGCCAAAUUCACACUGACGGGCCAUCGUUCUCCAGUAACUCGUGUACUGUUUCACCCACACUACAAUGUGUUCGUGUCGGCAAGUGAAGAUGCUUCAAUCAAAGUUUGGGAUUAUGAAACUGGGGAGUUUGAACAUACAUUGAAAGGUCACACAGAUUCCGUACAAGAUGUAGCCUUCGAUCCUACUGGGAAGCUUUUAGCUUCUUGCUCUGCUGAUAUGCAAGUUAAACUAUGGGAUUUUACAAUCUACCAAUGUAUUAAAACACUAACUGGUCACGAUCAUAAUGUAUCUAGUGUGGCGUUUUCACCCUCUGGUGAUUUCUUGGUUAGUGCUAGUCGUGAUAAGACAAUCAAGAUGUGGGAAGUUUCUACAGGAUAUUGUACAAAAACUUUUAUGGGCCAUACUGAAUGGAUUCGAUCUGUUCGUCCAAGUCCAGAUGGCAGUAUUUUGGCAAGCUGUUCAAAUGAUCAUACUAUUCGAAUUUGGUCUGUAGAAUCUCGAGAAUGUCAAGUAGUUCUUCGUGGUCAUGAGCAUGUUGUUGAAUGCAUUGUGUGGGCUUCUCAUCCCCAAAGCGUAAUCGCGAUAACUAGUUCUUCAUCAGCCAAUAGUAAUUCUACACAUGGAACUACGGAAGGAUUAAUGAUUUCCUCUACAACUAAUGGAAUUUCUAUGAAUUCAGAUUUCUUACCUUCUAAUUUAAAUUCAGCUUUAUUACUUGUAUCUGGUUCACGUGACAGAACUAUUCGUAUUUGGGAUAUACACCCUGGUGUAUGCUUGUUUGUUCUUAUUGGUCAUGAUAACUGGGUUAGGCAAAUUGUAUUUCAUCCCCAUGGUAAACUAUUAUUAUCGGCGUCAGAUGAUAAAACAGUUCGAGUUUGGGAUUUGAAAAAUCGACGAUGUCAUAAAACGCUUAAUGCCCAUUCACACUUUGUAACCUCUUUAGAUGUGAAUCGUUCAGCUCCAUUUGCUGUUACGGGGAGUGUUGAUCAAACUAUUCAUGUGUGGGAUUGUCGAUAAACGUUGACUGGUACUAUGUGUAAAUCAGUGAUAAUAAAGGUGAAAGAAGGAAAAAAAAGGAAUGACUGGCUUUCUUAUAUGUUUUUUGGUUUGCUGGAUUUUUGAAUUUAUCACCUGCUGCUCUGGUUUCAUACAUCCACUUGAGACAAAUGACACAGAAGGUGAAUCAACUGACUUGUAUUUAGGAUCUAUGCGCAUAUACAUAUAGAUAUAUAUCCACAUUAUGAUGUUAUCAGUGUCAUCUUCAUUUUUUUCAGUUAAACAUAACUUCUUGGAAUCUCAUCUAAAACUGAGUUCUUUUUUAAAAAUUUUAUUUUAUUCUUCAGUUCACAUCUAUGAUAAUCACAGGCAUGAGGUGUUUGUUACAACCAAAGUAAUGGCUAACCGGUUGUCUUUUAUCACCACCACCACUACUAAUUACUACUAUCAUUAUUAUCUUUGAGUUUUUUCUUUCUUCAUAUUUCAUUUUCAGAAAAUGAAAAUGUUAAAUCCUCUUUUGUACAUGUAUUCGGUCAGUUUUAUCUCCUUUCUGUUGGGUUUUUAUUUUUGUUCAUGCCAAUAUUAAGUACGUAUGUAUGUACGUAAGUAUCAAGUCAUUGUACUGUUUCCGCUUGGUUUGGUUUAUUUGCAUUGUUCAUCUUUAUGUUGUUAUAUAUUACUACUGGAAGAUUUAUUGUUUAAAUUUGUCACACCACUUUUAUUGUUCUCGUUGUUGUUGUUAUCAUGAUUAUUAUUAUUGGUAUUGACUGAUGAACUAAACCGAGAAAGAACUCUCAUGUGAUAUACUAUCUGGUGCUGAUCUGUGUACUUAGUGUUCAGAACAUCCUCUAUUCAUUUCAAUUGCAGAUAUACAGUAACAUCAAGACAGACAGUUUUUCUUUUAUCCUAUUUCAGCCAUUAUUGUUUCUGUUCAAGUGACUAUUUUAUCAUCGUGAUACAAUUAAGUCUGCGUAUGAGUGUUUUUUCUCUCUUUUCUGUUGAACACAAUGAUAAUUAAGCCUUUUAUUCUUAUUCUCUGUUGAUGGUGUUCCUCAUCCUUUCCCGCUUUUCAUGUAUGCUUUUGUGUGUGUAUGUGUAUAGCCAAAUAUGUAUCAUCAGGCGCUUUUAGAUGUCUUCCCAGAUCAUUGGUUCAAAGAGGUAUUAAUAUUUACCAUUAAAAAUUAUAUAUUUAGUUAUGUGAUCUUAAAAUUUGACAAAGAUAAAAUCUGUUCCAUCAAUAUACUUCUCAUCAAACAACAGUUUAUUCGCAUCACAUAAGCGGUCCAUACUGUACAUUUAUAUUGGAUAUGACGUUGCACGCAAUAGGUUGACAACCGUUUUUGUCUGA